AUGGCUACAUUAAAUUUCACACCCAUUCACGCGUCCUCUGACGUGUACUCUAUCGCUGGCAAGGCUUUGAAGCUAACGUCAGCUGAAGACGUUCAGCCAUAUCUCAAAGAGCUUAGCGAGCUUGAAAAAGUGACCAAGAUUGACUUCUCUGGUAACACAAUUGGAAUAGAUGCAUCACGCGAGCUUGCACACUAUAUCCGCGACCAUGCGGCAGUGAGGGAUCAUAUUGUUGAGAUCAACUUUGCAGACCUGUACACGUCGCGUCUAGUUGAUGAGGUAGUCGAAUCACUGUGUUUGUUUCUGCCCGUAUUCCUGGAAUGUCCUAACCUCUCCAUAUUGAAUCUCUCUGACAAUGCGUUUGGACUCCGCACCAUCGACAGUUUGGAAAACUAUAUUUCCAACGCCGUGGGUUUGCAACAUUUGAUCCUGUCCAAUAACGGUAUGGGCCCAUUUGCCGGUGAAAGAAUUGGUAAGGCACUAUAUCAGCUGGCCCAACGUAAGAUUGCUGCAGGCAAGCCAUUAUUGGAGACUUUCAUAUGUGGCAGAAACAGACUCGAAAAUGGAUCUGCCACGAACCUUGCAGUGGGUUUGAAGGCACAUGGAGCCGGCUUGAAAGUAGUCAAACUAUAUCAAAACGGUAUCAGACCUCGCGGAGUAGCAACGCUAAUCAAAUACGGUUUAAGUCACAAUACUAAGUUGGAAGUGUUGGAUUUGCAAGACAAUACCUUUACCACACCAGCCUCCUUAGUUCUCGCCGAAACUUUGCCCAUGUGGAAAGAUACCUUAAUGGAGUUAAAUGUGAAUGACUGCCUACUCAAGGGCCCUGGAUCUGAUGCUGUAAUUGAGGUCUUCAAUAACAACAAAUUCGAGGAACUUCACACUUUGAGGCUUCAAUACAAUGAGAUUACUCAGGAUACACUUGUGAACCAUUUACUACCUGCUUUGGAGCAUGGUAAAUUGCCUUCUUUGAAGUUUUUAGAGUUGAACGGUAAUAGAUUUGAAGAGGAUUCAGACCCACUUGCCGCUUUAGAAGACGUUUUCGAUGGUGAACUUGAUGAGCUUGACGACUUGGAAGAAGUUGACAGUGAAGAAGAAGAGGAAGAAGAGGAAGAGGAAGAAGAAAGACUACUCGAAAUAGAUGUCGAGGCAUUAGAGAAAGAAUUUGCCAAGCUCCAAAUGGACGAAUUGGCCGCAGAAUUGGAAAACACUCAUAUUUAG